AAAAAAAAAAAGAACCCCAAAGUGUAUGUGACUACCAGGUGUGUGCAUGUGGGAAUUAGAGUACAGUUCUCAGGAGUCCCUUCUGCCACCUGGAGGGAUACAGGAAUCAAACUCAGGUCCUCAUCUCACCUUAUGAUUGACAUUAGCCUCCAGUUAGCUUUAGCUCCCCCUCCCUCCCCCUCUCUCAUGUAGGGGUGUUUUGCCUGCAUAUAUGUUUGUACAUUACCUGUGUGCCUGGCGUCUGCCGAGCUCAGAGGAGGGCGUCGGAUCCCCUGGAACUGGAGUUUGAGAUGGUUGUGAGCUGCCAUGUGGGUGCUGGGAAUCAAAGGCAGCCAGUGUUAACUAUGAGCCAUCUUUCAAGCCCCAUACAUUGGCUCUUUUGUGUUGUUUAGAGACAGGGUCUCACAAUAUAUUCCUGGCUGGUCUGGAACUCACAGAGAUGCCCCUGCUUUGAUCAGAGCGCUGGGAUUAGAGGUGUGCCUCCAGAACUCCUCUCACCCUUAGCCACCCCACACCCGUUCCCUCCUUUCCUUACACAGGAUCAAGCUCAUCUACACUCUCAGUGUAUGCUCAGACCAGAUGCCUGUAGUCUGAGACCUCCAGGUGGGUUAUUUGGAGUUCAAGAGUCUGUACUUGCAAAGCUGAGCCACAUUGAGAUUUGAAAAAUAAAAACCGGGAGAGCUGGCCGGAACUGCAGGGUUCCAGACUGUCAAUGACAAAGCUCUGAAGCCGAGUCACCCGCCAGACCCCAGGUGGUGAGGCCUCUGACAACCGGCCACUCAGUGAAGACGUCCUGUUUAGUUGCGAAUUUACUUGGACCUCAUUGGCUCACGUCUCUGUCAGUCACACGGGGCCUGGACAUGGCGGUCGCCGGCCGCUGGCAGCCUCCCCGGCCCUGCGAGGUCUACCGCGCCGAGUGGGAGCUCUGCCGCAGCGCCGGGCACCUCCUACACCACUACUACGUCCACGGCGAGCGGCCGGACUGCAGGCAGUGGCUGCGCGACCUGGCCAGCUGCCGCGAGUGGGAGGAGAGCCGCAGCCCGCAGGCCCAGCGAUCGCUCUGUGAGAGUGAGCAGGCACGGGUCCAGGCUGCACAGAAGCAGACCCUGGUGUGGGCCUCGAGGCAGAGACCCCCUGCAGACUGGAACCUCCCUCUGCCACAGGAGAAGGACAAGUGAUGAGUGACAAGCAAUUGCAACCGGCUCUUGACCUGGACUUUGACCUGGGAACACAUGGAAGGCAUUCCAGCUCUAACUGCCUGUUGCCCACCUGCAUCCGGGCAUCACACCACUGUGAAACUCUCAAAGACACCUGUGUCCACAAUCGCAGGAAACCAAGCACUGUGGCAGGUACCUGUGAGCAGCCAGGUUGGUCCGUCGUGUCCAUGCCACCUCCCUGAGAACACCCACACCACAGGUGGCAGUCCUGAGGUGUGAGAGCCUCAGGUACACAGUGGCAGCCCUGACUUAUGUGGAUACGUGGCGCAGUAGUCAGAAAGGUUGCUAAAUGGUUCUGGUGCAGAUGGCUGUCUUUGACCAAGAGAAUUUGACCUCGAUGCCUUGGGUUUGGUGAUUACUGAGUUAUCCAAGCAUGGAGCUUGGAUACUUGCUCAGCUGCGCUGGAGAUACAGUAGAGCAUGCUCAGUGGGCAGGGCAACUUGCCCCUCUGCAUCAGCAACGUUUGCUGGUUUUACAGACUUUUAAAAAGAAAUACACACAGCCUUGAAGGAACCACAGAAUCUGGGGUCAAGAAAUCCAAGUCCCAAGCAGAAAGUCAGACUUCAAGUCCAAAGAAUAUGGGAUUGAGGCCUUCUGAUUCCGCCUCGUCAUGAAUGUAUUAAAAGCUGUUUUGCAUGUUUCAUUCCAAAAGCAACCUGAAAAUUAAAGCCACGUUUGUUACACUUUC